ACGUCAGCCAUGUUGGCCCCAGAACGAGGCUGGAGAACACUUCCUUUUCUUUCCGUCACGAAAAGCUCUUUUAUGUUUAAAUUUGUAUUUUGUUGGGUUUUUUUUUCCAGCGCUUUGUUUAUUUUCCUUUUAUAGCGCGAUAUAUGGAGUAGGAUACAUAAGGCGAAGAGAUAAAGUUCCAAUUCAUGGAGGCGAUUUGUGAAGCUGCUGGGGAGGGAGAAAGAAGUGUAAGGGAAUCGAUUCUUAGUCCAUUCAGCGAUGAAAUGUCAACUAGUAUUCAGCAGAGACAGGGCACAGAUAAUUCUAGCCUUGUUCCUCUUGACUUUGGCCCUGAAGAAGAAAUCAGAACAGAGAAGCUGUCCUCGAAAGGAAGGCUGAGUAGGACGUUGAAGAAGAAAAAGUCUGGAAGGAAUGAAAAGAAAAGAGACCAGCAAUAUACUCAAAGGAAGAGGGAUGAUGCAGCAGAGGCCCAGUCAAGCAUUGGGGACCUGGUUUUGGCUGCUGAGUUAAUGGAGAAAGCAAGUGAACGUCAGGAUCUAGAUGAAAUAAAUCAAAGUAUCCUGCAUGACCACGGAGAAUACUGUGUCCCCGAUGACCCUGAACUCUUGAAGCAGAUGGUGAGGGAGCUGAAGAGAACAACCCACCAGCAGAGCCAGCUCUUGCUUUCAUUACAGGAAAAACUGGAUCAUAAGGAAAAACACUGUCAGGAAAUUCAGGUAGAUGCGUUAUACCCCUUGCACAGGGCACAAAGUAAUGCUUAUACCAAGCGAUACAUAUCAGAAUAAUUGUUUGAUAAA